GGUUGGUGUCAAAUUUGUAUGUAUCCGGUGUAAUGUGCUCCUGUGAUAGUUUAAGUUUGUGUAUGUUUGUUGUCUGAGGCAACGAAGAAACGCCAACUGUUGCAUGCUUCACCCUGGAUUAAGAGUGCACCAGAGGAGCACAGAGGAUCAUCCACCAUGGAGGUGAUUAGAGACAAGAUCAGCGAAUUCCACGAGUUUUAUGAAUGGGCCCAUUCAGUCUCCGAUGAUCGAGUAAAGGACUGGUUAUUUAUGCAAGGGUACACUCCAACACUAGUGUUGUCUGGACUGUACCUGGUUGCAGUUUAUAUUGGUCCUAAGCUGAUGAAAGAUCGUGAGCCUUUCAAGUUCAAGUAUACAUUGUUCAUCUACAAUUUCAUACUCAUCAUCAUGAAUUUUCAUAUAUGUUCAGAGUUGUUUAUUAACUCCAUAGCACUAGGUUAUAGCUACUCAUGUCAACCAGUCAGCUAUACAUAUGAUCCUCGUGAAAUGAGGGUAGCAAAGGCACUUUGGUGGUUCUACUUCUCGAAGUUAGUAGAAAUGCUAGAUACCAUCUUUUUCAUCCUACGCAAGAAGGACAACCAGGUGUCUUUUCUUCAUGUCUACCAUCAUGCCACCAUGUUCCCGAUAUGGUACAUUGGGGUAAAAUGGGUUGCUGGUGGACAAUCAUUUUUUGGUGCCAUGAUCAAUUCAUUUAUCCAUGUCAUCAUGUACACAUACUAUGGUGUAUCUGCACUGGGACCAGAGUACCAGAAAUAUUUAUGGUGGAAGCGCUACUUGACCAAGCUGCAGCUGAUUCAGUUUGUUAUGGGCAUCACUCACGCCAUUCAGUCAUUGGUGGUUGGCUGUGAUUUCCCCGAUUGGAUGCAUUGGGCCCUGAUAUUUUAUGCUUUCACCAUUUUGAUGCUCUUCCUGAACUUCUACUUCCACGCCUAUAUCAAAGCGCAGAAGAGAAAGGCUGACAACAAAAAACUCACAUCUAAUGGAAAACAAGCAAAUGGAUAUGUUUCUAAUGGUGAUACCAAGCUGCCAAAGCAAUGGAAGGCUGAAGCUAAGAAAGACAAGUAGAUUAUAAUAGAUGAUGGUGUACAACAAAGUUUUCAGUCUAAGCAGUGUUGUACACAGAAAAGCCGACAUCAGUAUAUAUAAAGUGACAGAUGUUUCUGUGGAUUUUCCAUUAUUAUUAUUUUAUAGUUUUUGAGUGUUUGAAAACUUAACUAUUUAAAACACAGGUUCUGCUGAAGAUUACACUGUAUUUUUCACCACAAGAAAUAAUGCUGCUUUUCAUAUGAGGUGCCAUGGCAUUAAAUGUAGAAUCUUAUGUCUCUACACAAACUGGUCAUACUUUGAUGUUUUUGUUACUAUAACAAUUUUUUAAAAUACUUUAUUGGUUUUAUCAAGUAAUCUUGCAAACAGCCUUAAAUUCCCACUAAAUCCCAGUCAAUAUUUUAAUCUGGGUAUUGUUUCAUGUCAAUUAAUGCUCAGGGUUUGCAUAUCAUUUUCAGAGAAUGAUGUGGAAAAUUCUUAGGUUAAAUUUCUAACAAAUUAUUCCUUUCCUUCCAGAGAAAUUGGCAUUUGUGUACAUGUUGGUAUAGUGGGUGUGUGUGGACGCACAUGCACAAGAUGUGCAGGAAAGAUCAUAUUCCACUGUAAUAUAUGCAAUAUUUAUCACAGAAUGUUUGUGAAAAUCUGACACUUUGCAAAAUUAACUGUGAAAACUAUCAUGUUAAUGUCGCAUUGUUUAUUAAAUUCGAUUGCAUCUUGUGGAUCCAAUUAGUUUUGUUUCAUUUCUUUAGAACUUUGUUUCAAGAGCCAAAAAACACAUCAUUUCACUGUCUAAUUGUAACUAACAGGGCCGUUGGUUACACUGUAGUGAAAUAUAUAGACAUAAUGUUACAAAAAAAUUUUUAAAUCAUGCACCUGCUGUAUCACUACUAUGGAAUCCCAGUUUUACAUUUCUAGAAGAAGAGAGGCAAUAUGCUUUUAACCAAUGAAAUAACUUUUGUCUUUUUCACUUCUAUUUAUUAUUUUUCUUGGAAAUAAUAUAUAUUGAAAGCAUUCUCCAGUGUAAAGCGGUUUUGUUUUGCAAACAUUUUUUGGUCUAUUCCUGCUUUAUUUUACAAAUAAAGAUCAAAAAUGCAUUUGCAUCUGUGAGUCACCAAAACCUUUUGCAUCCUUUUCUUUGACACAAUUACUGUGACCAAUGAUCUAAACAGCAAAUUUUUAUUAGAACGCUUACUGCAUAAACAACCUCAACAUAAGUUUUAGGGGAAGUGAAAUCAUUUUUAUCAUCUGUAAAUAUUAAGUUUUCUAAAUUCUUCAGAAAUGGUCAAAGUUGCCCAUAUUUAUCAUUUUCAUUCCAUACUAGACAUCCAUGUCUCUAAUUUUUUUAACAUACUCUUAGCAUGUGAAGACUCAUAAUAAGAGCAGUCUUCUCUUUUCUGAUUAUUUAAAUGAACCACAAACUGCUGUUUUCAUUUUUGUAGUUUCUUUUCCUUUAUUUUUGCAAGGAUGUCUAAAAUUUACUAAACAAGCAUUUAACUCUCAAUGUACAAGGAACUAUUGAAUGGUAUUGCUUGCAUAUUGUUGCCUUUUACUAUAAGUUUGUUAAUAUAUUUGUUUUUGUUUGUUUGAAUUUUUAUUUGGUAAAUCAACAGCUGUCACAGGAUUUUGUGUGCCAAACAAUUAUGAUGUCAUUGAAAGUUUUAAGGAAUAAUGGCAUAAUAUGUGAUGCUCUUUUGACCAGAUUCCAUUGCAGAUAGUGUGAUAAAACCAUAACCACGUGUCUGGAUCACAAAUUAAAAUAGGGAUGCAUAAUUUGGCAGUUUCAAGAAAACGCGUGUUAUGGCAAUUUCCAUGACAUCUUUAAUGCUUAUAGCAUUUUUUGUUAACAAAGAGAGAUUUUUAUAUUUAUAGACAAAUUCAACAAACUUACGUUUUAAGGAUGUGUGCAUGACUUGAGGUUUGAUUCUUAAAAUGACUUCAGUGUUGUGCCAACUUUUUAAUUCUAUUUGCUUUUAUACAAUCUAUUUCCUCUGAAAUCACAACUGACGUGAUUUCCAGCAUACCAUAUUUAUACAUACAUUUGUAAAAAGUAGAGAAAAACAGCCCCCAUUCUUCCUUUCAGGCUGCCAGAUAAGGUCAUUUUUCCAGCAAAAAAGUUUAUUGCAAAAUGCACCUAUAAGCCUUCACUGUAGUCAAUAAUCAGUUAAAAUAAUGGAAUUUAAUCUAACUGUAACCUUUUGAAUACAAACAUUUCCCAAUUAUAAAUUUUUUCUUCCAUGUCAUUAAAGUAUUUACUGCAUUAUUAUCCCGUACAAUCUCAAUGUAUUUUAUAAUUGCUUUUUAAGUACUAAGUAAAUGAAUAUUAUAAUAAAGUGUGCCAUGAAGUUUAA